AUGCGCCUUCGAAUCGAGUGGUGGGCACCAUUAGCCGCCAUAGUUUUCAGAGAAGUAAACGCCGGUGCAGGUGCCAACGUCAAGGCGUGCGUCUAUCUCUCCCAGAAACCCACCGAAGAGUACACUAUCUCGUGGAAGGCAGGAAGUGCAAGUGACCAUUGCAUGUACAACACGGGCAACGACGCCACCAUGCAUGUCAAGGACGGAGGCCUCACGUGUACAUCGGUCGGCUAUGUCGAGCACAAAGCCAGUUCCAGCGGCGGAGAUCUAUGCGCGACCGAUCAAAGCGUCUGGGGCCUUUCUUACCACGGCGGAAGGAACAACGUCUCCUCGGGAUCGACCUUGACCUACUGGGAGGCUGCCGGAGCGUUUCUCUCCAAGGGACACGUUUGGCUGGUGAACCAGAGCAAGGGCACGAAGAUAUGCCCGUCCGAGUCGAAUUGCGAUGCCGGCGAUAUCUGGUGGAAAAUCAGAGACACGCCAGACAUAUAUAUCGUGUUCGUGCCUUCUGCGUCUGCUUCGGAGCUCGGAGAAAAUCCAGACCUCGACGACCUGACGGUACAAGAUGGAGAGCUGCGCUAG